UUAAGUUAUCUACUGAAGUUCAGUCAAUUUUUGUCAUUAGCUGCGUUUAAAAAGACAAAAUGAAUAAAGUUUCUUUCAAUUCUGAAACAAAAAUUUGGUCAGGAUCGCCUUUUGUGUAUCCUUUCGGCAAUGAAAGCGUAGGAGAAGUAAUUUUUGAGAAACUGUCGCAAGAUUUAAAUCACAUUGCGCAGAUAAGUGAAGAUUCGGGCGUGAAAUACACUAACAAAGAGUUUCUCGAGUUAUCUAUCGCUUUUGCGAGCAAUUUACAACGAAAAGGGCUCAAAAAGGGUGACGUCGUACUAUUUUUGUGUCAAAAACAUCAUUAUGUCCCUCCAGCAAUGCUCGGAUGUAUUUUCGCAGGUGUCGUUUUUUGUCCAUUUUAUUAUCAAGACUCCUCAGUUCGUACAGAAGUGUGUGACAUACUGCAGAAAAUCAAUCCCAAAAUGAUGAUAAUGUCGCAUUUGGAUCUUGUGGAUGAAUUUCAACGAAUUUUUCGUGAAAUAUCGCUCGAGUGCCCAAUUUACGUGUAUGAAAAUAGCAUUGAGGGAUGUGAAGAGUUGAAAACUUUGUUCGAAAAAGAAAAUGAUCAACCAAAAAUUGAGGAAUAUCAUCCUUUUAGCGCUACUGAUCCAUCAGUUGAUCUGCUUUGUUUGAAUUUGACCUCAAGUACAACGAGCAAACCGAAAAUUUGUCCAAUGACCCAUAAGCAAAUGUUAAUGUCCUUAGUCGUUCGAAACACAACCGGAGGUCAUUUUUCGUGUUUUACGGAUUUGGGAUGGAUUUCCGCCCUCACUCUUACCUUUUAUUCUUUGGUUGCUUCAAUGACGAAUGUCAUGCGUGCCGAUUAUACAAUUCCAGAAGCCUUAUCUCUUAUCGAGAAGUACAAAAUUAACUCAAUGUUCUGCAAACCAAAAGAUAUUUUCGGAAUGCUCAAAUUCGAAGACAUUCAGAAAUACGAUCUUUCGAGUCUUCGUGCAAUUAUAACAGGCGGCGAGCAAUUGAGUGCAAAAAUUGGUAGAGAUUUUGUGAAAUUUAUUCCAAAUGCUCGAAUUUUGUCAAUUUAUGGCAUGACAGAUAUGUCUGGCCCUAUUUCGGAUGCAAGCGAAGGAAAAUUGCUCGAAAAUUAUGUUGGCAAAGUAAGAAGCGGCAUGGAAAUGAUUGUCAUUGACGAACAAGGAAAUCAUUUAGGACCCAAUGAGCUUGGAGAAUUGUGUGUAAGAUCAACCGUCGUGCCUUUUUCCGGUUAUUAUGGCGAUCCGCAACGUACGAAAGAUAGUCUUAACGAAGAUGGAUUCUUCUAUACGGGAGAUAUGGGACACAUCGAUGCUGAGGGCGGGAUUUUCAUCAACGAACGUAAACGUUUCUUCAUGUCGUACCGUGGGAUGAUCCUGAAUCAAAGUCACAUUGAACAUAUUAUCCUUGAAAAUGUCGAGGGAGUAUCUGGAGUGUGUGUUGUUGACGUUGAAAGCGACGAACAUGGACAAAUGCCAAUUAUCGCAAUAAUUCCUUCACCCGGAAAAACCUUAAACGAAAAGGAAGUUGUCGAAAUUUUGAUGAAACAUCACGAAUUCGAGUUCGAAACUCGCGUUUUGUUCUUUAAAUCAUUACCGAUGACCAUUUCUGGCAAAUUUAAGAAAUUUCUUGUGCGUGAUUUGAUCAUGGAAAAACUUAAAAAUGUGUGAAUUCCAAGAAAAAUAUUAUUUUUAGCAAUUUUUUUUUUUUUUGAAAUGAAUGUUCAAUAACAAACAAAAAUCUUCUUU